AUGCUUGAAUUUAGGCUAGUUCAUGGUUCUCUUCUGAAGAAAGUGGUGAAAGCGAUUAAGGGCUUUGUGGAUGAUGCCCUCUUCUUCUUUACGGCGGAUGGCGUCUCGUUGCAUCUCGUAGAACCGACCAAAGUGGUAGUUUUAUAUCUGUUUCUGUCACCUCAAAGCUUCGACCACUAUCACUGCGAUGAUGACAUCAUCUUGGGAAUUAAUCUCAAAACCUUGUACAAGAAACUCAAACGCUGCAGUGAAGGCAACACCCUCACAAUCACCGCUAAGCACGACGAAGAUGUCAUUACAUUCACGUACCACAGGCCAAGUACCUUGCCGGAUUUCCAGGACCGAAUGUACAAUUUAUCGGAAUAUUACCUGAAACGGAUGGAAUUAAUCAACGGUCAAUUAGUUCAACUCCCGGAGAUGAACACUUUGGAUGCUAUUAUCCGAAUGCCUUCAGCAAAGCUCGUUAGGAUUUUUGAAGGUCUUGGCCGCAUUGUUACUGUCUCUGUUACCAAGGAAAAGGUGAAGUUUUCCACAACGGAUGGUGAUAACAUAACUGCAAAAGCUGUUAUCAGGCAAAAUAAAGAUAAACCAGCUGAAGAAGCAACGAUUAUAGAGUUGACCGAGCCUGCAUCAUUCACAAUUGAAUUGAGGUACAUAAAUUCCUUUGCAUACGCUACUCCGUUAUCAAAAACAGUGUUCAUCAGCUUGCAAUCAGAACCGCCACUUAUGUUGGUCAAGUACGGUGUAGCCAACGUGGCAGAAAUCAUGUUCUACUUGAACGGUAUUGAGGAUGAAUGA